GGGACAUCCCCCACAAUGACGUGUCAGAUCCUACGCACAAUGCACCGGUAUAGACCUACAUCAUCCAGUUGCCUGUACAAAUCGGUAUCAGCAGCAGCAGCUCUACGUGCAUCAUUCAGCAAACUUGUGAUUGAGUCAGACAUGAAGUUGCUUGUUGUGGCUGUGCUUGUUGCACUCGCUGCUAUUUGGAUUCAGUCGGUUGACGGUGAAUGUGACACCAAUGGGAUUGAGGCUGUCAGUCUGGAAAGUUUGGCAAAAAAUGCGGAUGUUAUUGCCAAAAUAGAUGUGAAGAAAGUAUCUCAAAAACGGGCUAAAGUGAAAAUUCUGUGCCAUCUGAAGGUGAACUUGGAACGUCUGAAGAGUGAGGGCAAAGUAGCUGCUCUCAUGAAGAAGCCAUCUCUCAACGUCUCUGGUAUCAAUGACUACCGAACAUGCGUGUUUGUCGACAAAACUCUGAAAGGACUUUUGGUGUUCGUGGUAAAAGGGAAGGGACGUUGGGAAGUACUGAGACAUGGAGUGGUAGGGGGUCAUGAAGAAACGGCAGUGAGAAAGAUACUUAAUAUCAGUGAAGACAGCUGUAUCAACCAAGAACAACGACAUAAAAUCAUUAACAACUUUCAUAUUACCAAAGAGAUGGGUAGCUCUGCACCUACUGCAUCUACAUCAAGUAGACCGACAUCAUCUAGGCCGUAUUCAUCUAGGCAGGUAUCAUCUAUGCCAAUGUCAUCUAGACCAUCAUCAUCAUCAUCAUCAUCAUCAUCAUCAUCAUCAUCAUCAUCAGCAUCAUCAUCAUCAUCAUCAUCAUCACCAUCAUCAUCAUCAUCACCGUCGUCGUCAUCAUCGUCGUCAUCAUCUAGACUACAUGAUCAUCCCAGCCAUCAUCAUCUUGGUCAACCUAGACACAGCAAACUAGUACACGCUGUUCAUGGACUCUAUAUAGAGAAUUGACAAAAUUGCAUGGCAUUUGUAUUACACAUGCAGUAACAAUUAAAGCAGUGACUGUAGUGGACUUAGUCAGCACCGAAAUGUAAGAAGGAAAGUGUCUAUACGAAUGUACUGUCAAUGUUUACACAGUGUGUGGACAGACUUCUAUUUAUAAUUUGGGCAUCGGGUCACCUA